AUGUCGAAGCGCCUGAGGAGCAGCGAGGUCUGCGCCGACUGCAGCGCCCAGGAUCCUUGUUGGGCAUCUAUAAACAGAGGGAUUCUGAUCUGUGACGAGUGCUGUAGUGUUCAUCGAAGUUUGGGGCGUCAUAUCUCUCAAGUGAGACAUCUCAAGCAUACACCAUGGCCUCCAACACUGCUGCAGAUGGUUGAAACACUGUAUAAUAAUGGUGCUAACUCCAUAUGGGAACAUUCGUUGCUGGACCCUGCCUCUGUUAUGAGUGGAAGGCGCAAAGCUAGCCCACAGGAUAAAGUGCAUCCCAAUAAAGCAGAAUUUAUUAGAGCUAAAUAUCAAAUGUUAGCAUUUGUUCAUCGCUUGCCAUGCCGUGAAGAUGACAGUGUUACUGCCAAAGAUCUUAGUAAGCAACUCCAUUCCAGUGUAAGGACAGGGAAUCUGGAGACGUGUUUGCGAUUACUCUCCUUAGGAGCUCAAGCCAACUUCUUUCAUCCUGAGAAAGGAAACACACCGCUCCAUGUUGCUGCUAAGGCAGGACAGACUUUACAAGCAGAAUUACUAGCGGUUUAUGGUGCUGAUCCUGGCACACAAGAUUCCAAUGGCAAAACUCCGGUUGACUAUGCAAGGCAAGGUGGGCAUCACGAACUGGCAGAGCGCCUGGUGGAAAUUCAGUAUGAACUCACAGACAGGUUGGCUUUCUAUCUCUGUGGCAGGAAACCAGAGCAUAAAAAUGGACAGCACUUUGUUAUACCUCAGAUGGCAGACAGCAGUCUAGAUUUAUCAGAACUUGCAAAAGCAGCGAAGAAGAAGCUUCAGUCUCUAAGCAACCACUUAUUUGAAGAACUUGCCAUGGAUGUGUACGAUGAAGUUGACAGGAGGGAAACAGAUGCAGUUUGGCUUGCUACUCAGAAUCAUAGUACCCUUGUGACAGAGACCACAGUGGUCCCUUUUCUUCCCGUAAAUCCUGAAUAUUCCUCAACCAGGAAUCAGGGAAGACAGAAACUGGCUCGAUUUAAUGCCCAUGAAUUUGCUACGCUAGUUAUAGAUAUUUUAAGUGAUGCCAAACGAAGACAACAGGGGAAUCCUCUCACUGGUUCAAAAGAAAAUGUGGAACUGAUACUCAAGUCAAUCGGCAAUCAGCAUAGUAGUGAAAGUCAGGAUAAUGACCAGCCUGAUUAUGACAGCGUUGCUUCAGAUGAAGAUACAGAUCUAGAAACAAAUGCCGCUAAAUCAAACAGACAGAAGAGCCUGGAUUCAGACUUGUCAGAUGGACCAGUGACAGCCCAAGAAUAUAUGCAAGUUAAAAAUGCAUUGGUGGCUUCUGAGGUAAAGAUUCAGCAGUUAAUGAAAGUGAACAUCAACUUGAGUGAUGAGCUGAGAAUCAUGCAGAAAAAGCUUCAAACGCUACAGAGUGAAAAUACCAGCCUCAGAAGACAGGCCACAACCAAUAUAUAUCAGGUCCAAACUGGUUCUGAAUACACAGACCCUACCAACAAUUCUUCUUUAAAGCGGCGACCAUCUGCACGGGGUAGCAGACCCAUGUCCAUGUAUGAGACUGGAUCAGGUCAGAAACCCUACCUCCCCAUGGGAGAGGUCACAUAUCCAGAAGAAAGCAUAACAAGACUGCAGCCUUUCCCUCCACAUAUCGGGAGGAGUGCGCUUGUGACCUCCUCUUCAUCUCUACCUUCCUUCCCCUCCACGCUUUCCUGGUCAAGGGAUGAAAGCACACGAAGGGCCUCCAAGCUGGAGAAGCAGAGCAGCGUGUCCGAGAGCGACUACGAUAACCCCACCACCCCUCUGGAGCUGGAGGAGACAGGGUCAGGCAGGAAGGGCCGGCAGAGGAGCGUCAUUUGGCAGGGGGAGGGAUCCAUCCCUGAAGACACCGACACAGCCCCCAGCUCCAGUCUGCCCAGUACAGAAGAUGUGAUUCGGAAAACUGAGCAGAUCACUAAGAAUAUUCAGGAGCUGCUGCGAGCAGCACAAGAGAACAAGCAUGACAGACCGUUAGAGCGUGCGGGCGUGCUCAAGCUCAGACAUAGCCUCGGCUGCUUCAGCACGCUGGUUCCCUGGGCUGAGAGAGCUCCCCUGCAGCCUCUGACCAUCCAGCAGCCCGGUCCUGCCUCCUGCUAUAUACCGUGCUCCGAGAGAAUACAUGUGGCAGUAACGGAAAUGGCAGCCUUGUUCCCAAAAAAACCCAAAUCUGAGCUGGUAAGGACUUCUUUGCGUCUGCUGACAUCUAGUGCCUACAGACUCCAAUCCGAGUGCAAAAAAACCCUUCCUGUGGAGACGUGCCCUACGACAGACAUCCAGCUGGUCACGCAGCAAGUGAUCCAGUGUGCCUACGACAUCGCCAAGGCUGCUAAACAGCUGGUCACCAUCACAACCAAAGAGAACAACAACUGAGUCACACUUGGUUUUUUAGUCGUGUUUUUUUUAAAGGUUGAAUUUCAAAUAUAGAUGUGGAACUAUUCGAAUUUUUAUGAGAAAAACUAAAGGGGCAAGAAACUUUUUUUAAAACUCAGUAUUAUUUUUGCAUGUUUUCUAACAAUUUUAUGAUUAAUUUAACCCACUGCCUUAUUUUGUGCCUGUGUCGCCAGUUUAGUUACAGAUAAUAGCAUGUUGCGAAUAGCUGUUGAGCCGUUAUCACGUACCAGCGUUGUAUCAAGCUCUUGCUAGAUGUUUCCCUGGGGCCACGUUCUGCUUUCAGAUAUUGCUUGCAAAACUCCUGCUGAAGUCAGCUGCACGCGUCAGAGGGCAGAAUCUCGCCUCCGCUCUGUCCGUCCUGGAGCCUCACGUGCCGUGAUGCUGCUGACUGAGAAACCUGCAGACGAAACAGGCUCCGAAGGCUCCAGGACCGUAACUGCUACCAGGCAGGAAGAAGGCUGUAGUCCUGAUAACAGGGUACAAGCCGAAUAUUAUCUGUUCCCAUAUCAACUGUUGUGCAAUAAUAUGUUUUUAGUUUGCUAAAACGAUAGUAGUUGUGGGCAUCUGAGCUUAUUACAUGUAACUAUACAAUCUUUGUCACUUUAUCUGUUUUGGAAGGAAUUUGAAACUUAAUAGUUAUUUCUUUUAGUUGUCACUAUGCCAUUAAUAUAUAAGUUUGAUGUUACUUUAGGGCAUUAGUGGUUAAAAUAUUAUCCUUUGUUUCUGAUUUAAUAAUUCAUUCUUAAGUUUCCUACAGAAUGUUACUGUCAUGUUCAACGCACCAUCCUGUCUGCAGCAGCAUUGCUCAGUAACUCAAGAUGCAAUUUCACUAAGGAUUUCUGUGCUAAUUAAAAAAAAAAAAACAAAAAAGGAAGUUAGAAGAGUGCCAGUGCAAAAGCAGCUGUGUCUGACAUAGCGUAUAACCUCUGUACCUCAACAUAUCCAAAUGUGAAAAGAUUGCUUAUAUCUAGUAAGUUUUAUGCAAAUCUGUCAAAAUUUUACAGCCUACAUACAGAGUAACCCACGCUAGGCUGCCUGUCAGAAAGGCAGGUGGGUGACAAAUGUCAGUGUGUGUUUCCGGUCUUCCCAUUCACAACAGUCCACAAAACUUCCAAAAAUGUGUCAGUCCGCAAUUUCAAAAAUGAGAGGGUUUUGGGAGUCUAAAUUUCAUGACGGGGAGGAGGAAAAAUGACUAAUUUUUGCUUCAGUGUGUGUCCCAUUUAGAAGUGUGUUGUCAUUUUCAAGGAGCCGGCCACGGCAGUUCAGCUGGCAGCCACUUAAAGGGGUCUUUUAGUUAAGAGCGAAGUUACGGAACUGCAGCGCCUGUCACGGGGCAGCAGCUGAUGUGAAUAUUCAGACAGUUUUCACAGAAUUGAGUCAGAAACAGCUAUCUGCUGUUCCACAAACAGGUCGGCAGUAUGUGGUCUGCCAAAACCAUGAACUCUUCAAGGCUUUCUGGUGAAAAACUGCCAAAUUUAGGUGAACAAAUGAACUAAAGUUCAGUGGCUGGUUCCUUUUCAAAUUGUGCUGUGUUUGUAUGUAUAUAUAAACACCAAGUGCCACAACACUGUUGGAUUCUUCUAUGUUGUAAUUAGGUCCCUUUUUAAAGUAGUGCAAGUUGGAGGGAGGGAAGGGAG